AUGAAGAGUCGAUUUUUCACGUUCUUGCUGCUUGGAACGUGUUUUUCUUUUGACUUGGACGAAGAAAAUACUUUCAAUGCGGAGACUACAUAUAAAUUAGCUUCAAGAUCAAGCGAAUCAUGCUCAUCCUUGAACGGGACUAAAAUUAAUGACGCUGCAACAAUCGAGCUAGGAGAAUGGGCUUGCCCAGAGAACCUAGAAUCAGGAGCAACGUCAACUUCUACAACAACUGGUUUUGGGACAACGACUUCAGGAAAGACAACUUCGACAUUGUACAGCUCUACGACUUUACCAACAACAUCAACAGUAUUCGAGAGCUCAACCUCAACAACUGGUUAUGAGUCGACCACUGCCGAAAAGACAACGUCUUCUUCUUUCAGCACGACGAGUGAGCCAACAACUUCUACUCUAUUCGAGACAUCGACCUCCACAACUGAUUAUCAAACUACGACUGAAGAAAAGACUUUAUACAGCUCCACAACUGAACCGACAACAUCAACUCUAUUCGAAACUUCAACAACUGAAUAUUCCACGACAACCUCAACGUUCAAACCAACAACAACUUCGGCGUACACAUCAACAACAUCUUAUGGAAGCUCAACUACCACAUUUGGAACAACAACUACAGAAAGGACCACAUCAACAACAUUUUCAACGCCCAAAUUCACAACAACAAGGACGACAACAUCAACUUCAACUGAUCAAACUUCAUCUACGAGCUCACCAAUAAGUACAUCGAGUUAUUUUUCAUCAACCUCAACACAAAAAACGACAACAUCAGAUUAUACAACAUCGACAGGGUACUCAUCGUCGACUGAGAACACAUCUACAACCGAUAUUACAACAUCAACAGAUUAUACAUCAUCAGUUUCUUCGACAACAGCAACUGCAACGUCAUCUACAAAGUAUACUACCACGCAAACAACAGAUUAUACCACUGCAAUCUCAACGACUAGCUCAACAACAACAACAAGUUCUGUCACAUCAACGGAUUACACGACGACUUCUAGCUCAGUUUCAACUUCACCAAAGACCUUGUCAACAACAACAAGCUCGGCGACAACCUCAUCAACGACUUCAUCGAAAGGAAUUACCACAACAACAGAUUACACAAGUUUAACCUCAUCUACAACUACGACCACAACAACCACGACAGAAAUCACAACUACGACUAGUUACACAACAACAACGACAUCAACAACUUCUACGACAACAUCUACUGUAAAAACUACAACUACUCCUUUCGGCACAAGUGGUUACACCACAUCUGUGACCGAAUCGACAACUUCCAGAACAACUUCAAAAACUACGUCAACAACAGAUUACACCAGCACUAGCGCAUUUUCUACGACAACAAGAGACUCAGGAACAACAACGACAUCUUCAUAUGACCCCACUUCCACAACCUCCAGAACAUCAUCAAGACCCACGACAUCGACAGAUUAUACCAGCACUUCUGCAUUUUCAUCGACGACAAGUGAUCAAGGAACAACAUCGACAUCUUCGUAUGAUCCUACUUCGUCAACUCUAGUUUAUACUACCUCGACUUCUGAUGAAUUAACACCAAAAACAACCACAUGGUCGUGGGUUUCAACAGCAACAACAGUUGAUGAAAGCAAAAACUGCCCACCAUUGACUGCUCCUCAUGAACGCUCCCAAUGGAUUUGUAAAAUUGAAGGCUGGGGUGGUGAAAUCUUCGAAUUUAACCCAGAAGAAUACGAGUUGGCUGACACUCUCCCUGAAGGUGUCCAGUGUAAACUUCGCUGCCAAAAACCGCUCUUUGACUCUCACGCUAGAAUGAAAACAUCCUGCGAAUGUUCUGAUACUGGUUGCGGAUGGACUGAACCAGACUUAACCUGCUUAGAAGAGCCAACCACGACGCCAGUUCCAACAACAAAAGAUCCUGAAGCUACGACAACCGCGGCAGACGAAUUUUGUGAGGCGCUUGAAGAUCCUAAUGGUUUCUGGGAGUGCACAGAUGGGAAUUCUCAUGAUACAAAGUGCAAACUUCAAUGCAACGAUCGAUAUGAGCAGCGCCGUACCGUUUUGCGGUGCAAAUGCCGCAAAGGAAAAUGUGAUUGGAAUGACGAGCAGCUUUUCUGCCUCCCUGAAGAAGAUAUUGAGAUAACGACACAAGCUCCCGUCGCUGGAGGUAUUUGCGAAGAGCUUAGUUCUGAGGUCGGAAGCUGGAGCUGUUCAAAAGGCUUUCAUUUUAACUCAAGAUGUAAGCUGCAGUGUCCGAAGAAUUAUAUCCCCGGUAAUAGACAUAUUACCAGACGUUGCCGAUGCUCCAAUCGACAGGAUGCUUGCAUGUGGACACAGGACGAUUUUGACUGUGUUCCAGAAGAUUCUGAUGAAGCCAACGAGAUCACAGAUUGGGAAGCGCCGGUUGACUACGAUACUGAAACCUGCCCUCCCCUUUUUGAAAAUGAUUCCGGACCCCUGGACGAAUAUCCGAAUGGGACUUGGAAAUGCAGGAUUGGCCGAGAAUGGCUUUCUUCUGAGAAUCAUAACGCAGCUGGAGCCAGAUGCCAGAUCUACUGUGACCCGGGACUGGAAGUUAUCGACGAUGGAGAGAAACGAAGAUGUAGAUGGAAAGAGAAGAACAACGCGCUUGAGUGGUCAGGUCGAGUUCGGUACUGCAGAACGCGGGCAGAAAACAGAAUGAUUCUUGAGCUUGAAGAAAUGGAGAAAACCGCCAGACUAGCCAGGAAAGAUGCUCGUGAGCAAGGAUUGGUUCUCAACGACUACAUCCCCCGCGGACGAUCAUUCCAGCGUACCCGUAUGCUCGGUCGAAGUAGGACUGACGAAGAUAACGACAUUCUCACUAGUCGAGUGGCUAAAUUCAACGCUGAGGACUUGACAAAGCACAAUCCCUUCAGGGAUCGAAUUCCCUUCCUAGGUCUGCCUCCGAGCCUUUCACCUCGGCCCGCUCCGUCUUCUGCUCAUCCGAGAUUCGAGGAUACAGAAGAUGAUACUGAUUCUCAAUCAUUCCUGGAUGGAGUGCAUUCUGUCUUGUACAACGGCGUCGAGUAUCUCAACGGCUUUGAGCUUGUCAGAAGCCUCAGAAGGUGGCUUUUACAAGAAAAGGACCUCGAAGAAGUGAGUCUUAUUGGAUAG